AUGUUCGUCUGCCUGUCGAAGCGGCGGAAACGGAAGCAGGCCGCCCGUUACUACGCCGGCUUCGCCGUGCCAUCCUACACGCCGCAGCACCUGUCCGGCGAGGCGCCGUUCCUGCGGCCGCCGUCGGCGCCGGGGUCGAUGAACUUCAGCAUGAGCGCCGGGGGAGGCCCGGGCAUGUCUGCGCCGAUGAGCCAGGGGUACGGCCAGCAGCAGUGGGCCCCGUCGGCCAACUACAGCGCCACGAUGGGGAGCCAGGGCCCGGCGCGGAGCGUGGCGACGACGGCGUCCGGCGACCUGAGCGUGGGCAACACCAAGGCGUUCUCGUUCGACGAGCUGUACGACAUCACCGGCGGGUUCGCGCGCGAGAACGUCCUUGGCGAGGGCGGGUUCGGGUGCGUGUUCAAGGGUACGCUCGGCGACGGCAAGGUGGUGGCCGUGAAGCAGCUCAAGGGCGGCGGCGGACAGGGCGAGCGCGAGUUCCAGGCGGAGGUGGAGAUCAUCAGCCGCGUGCACCACCGCCACCUCGUCUCCCUCGUCGGCUACUGCAUCGCCGAGGACCACCGCCUCCUCGUCUACGACUACGUCUCCAACAACACGCUGCACCACCACCUCCAUGGUAGGGGAAGGCCGGUGAUGGACUGGCCGACGAGGGUCAAGAUCGCGGCGGGCUCGGCGCGCGGCUUGGCCUACCUGCAUGAGGAUUGUCAUCCAAGGAUCAUCCACAGGGACAUCAAAUCCUCGAACAUCCUGCUUGAUGACCAGUUUGAAGCUCAGGUUGCCGACUUCGGGCUCGCAAGGCUAGCAGAGAACGAUGUCACGCACAUCUCAACGCGUGUGAUGGGCACAUUCGGGUACUUGGCUCCAGAGUACGCGUCGACGGGGAAGCUGACCGAGAAAUCAGACGUGUUCUCCUUCGGCGUCGUGCUCCUGGAGCUCAUCACAGGCCGGAAGCCUGUCGAUUCGUCGCGUCCCCUAGGCGACGAGAGCCUUGUUGAGUGGUCUAGACCGCUACUGAACCGGGCAAUCGAGAACCAGGAGUUCGAUGAGCUCGUCGACCCCCGCCUCGACGGCAACUUCGACGACGUCGAGAUGUUCCGUGCGAUCGAGGCGGCCGCGGCGUGCAUCCGGCACUCAGCUGCCAGGAGGCCCAAGAUGGGGCAGGUCGUCAGGGUCCUCGACAGCCUGACGGACGUCGACCUCAGCAACGGCGUGCAGCCGGGGAAGAGCCAGAUGUUCAACGUCGCCAACACCGCGGACAUCAGGCAGUUCCAGAGGAUGGCGUUCGGGAGCCAGGACUUCAGCUCGGAGUAUAGCCAGCAGUCCAGGUCGAGCAUAGGCAGCAGGAGGGAUUUCUAGUCAUGAAACAACCUGUAGAGUUCCUCCACCUGCUCUUGUUCUAGUUUCCGUCCGACGAUUUUUGCUGUGACUAUGUAUUCAUCCUUUGUUGUUUUUUCUACAGUGAUCACUACCAUGCUGUUUCUGAUUUUUGUUUUUUGGUCGAUGUGUAAAUUGAGGUAAAAAGAAAAUAUGCACAUGAGAAUGUAUUCAUUGGCUAUCAUGAAUGGUAGUUGCGGUUUCUUCUCGUA